AUGCACCGUCGGGGCAUUCUCGGAACAACACUCCUUCUAGCGCUUGUAUUACUUUUCUGGUACCAACAGCGCACUUAUUCAAGACCAACACCGCCAACUCACAGUCCGCAUCAUAAUACUCAAUGGGACUAUAAGCGGGAUGCGAAUACGCUGAUACUCAAUGCCGCUCGCUGCCAGUCUGCUUUUCCUGGCCUGUUUGCUGAGGUUGACCGCGCAAAGCGGGAGAGGGCGAAUCGACAUAUACGCCUGGACGAAAUCGAUUCUAUAACAAUCAAGAAUGGCUAUGUUCGCGCUAUGAUAUAUGAUCAACAACUCUAUGUCAUCAAGAAUAAUGGAACCAUAUACUCCCGAGAACUUGCGACCCUGCAUGCCCUACAUCGCGCCAUUGUGACUUCUCCCGAACCUCUACCAAAUAUCGAAUUUGUUUACAAUACCGACGAUCGGGUUGACCCAAUCACUCAAUGGGGAUAUGCGCGACGUGAGGAAGAUAAAUAUAUAUGGCUUAUGCCUGAUUUUGGAUACUGGUCCUGGCCAGAAACAAAAGUUGGAAGUAUGAAAGAAGUUCAGAUGAAAGCCGAAGUUGCGGAGCAGGCUUGGCCGUGGACAAAGAAGAUUCCCAGACUGUUUUGGCGAGGUGCUACAAUGGGCUUGGAAGUACGUGACAAGCUUGUCGAAAUCACCAAAGACCAGCCAUGGGCAGACGUCAAGCCAAUCAUAUGGCGGAACAACGAGAGUAUGAAGAACGACCUAAGGUCGAUGCCGGACCACUGCGAGUUCAAAUACCUUGCUCAGACUGAAGGAAAUACUUAUUCUGGACGUUUAAAGUAUCUUCAGAGCUGCAGGUCGGUCAUCGUUUCUCAUAAGCUGGAGUGGAUUCAGCACCAGUCCCCUCUUAUGAAAAAUUCCGGCCCCGAGCAAAACUAUGUGGAGGUGCGGAGAGACUGGUCUGACCUACAUGAGAAGAUCAACUGGCUCGAAGAACAUGACGAGGAUGCAAGGCGGAUUGCUGAGAAUAACGUCAGAACGUUUCGCGAUCACUACCUGACUCCAGCGGCAGAAGUUUGCUAUUGGAGACAUCUCAUACGGUCCUGGGCAGAGGUGAGCUUCAAGCCUGAGUUCUAUACAGAAGUUGAUGGGAAACAGGUAUGGCGAGGGGUGCCUGUUGAAUCGUUUAUGUUGGAGCGGCGUCUGAAAUGGGAACCUUACUGA